AUGGUCACUGUGAUGCUAGCUAACGUCAUUCCCGCCCAGUUCUGGAGUCUUGACGUAACGUCAGACCCAAGGCCUCACGUCGUCGGGGCUGUGGAGCUGCUAAGCUUGAGGAACCCAGACAGUAGCUCAUUGAGGACAGUCAUUAAAAGCUACUAUAGGGUCAAUAUUGAGAGCGUUUUGUAUCAGGGCUUUUUGCUAUCUAUCAGGAGGCCAUUUAGGCCUGACUUUCGACUGGACUCUGAAUUCAUCACUCAUGCUGAAGACUUGCUUGAGUCAUACCACAAGGCAAAUCCAUCUUCUACAAAUCCAAGCAUCAUACUCGGAGUACCUACGUCCCUGUAUGGACUUAUACUACGGAUAAUUGACUCGUUCAAUGUCCCUCAAAGUAAUCUUUCCAAUCACCUCAAGCGCUUGAAGGUUGAGCUACAAUACUGGGAGCAGUUGCUAUUCGAUGACGAAAACAGCGAGAACGUUCAACAUGGGGAUUCACGCUUCAACGGCCUGAUGAUAAUCGCAACUUCCCUCCUAUUUGAUCUAAUCACCGAAGCCCUGACGUCAAUCGACGAUGCAAUUUGUCUUACACCCUUGGCCGGAGAUGGGGAUGGGAAGCCCUGGAGAUGGCAACUCGAUUUAGCCAUGAAUGUUCUUCAGUGCCCCGAGGAACAUCAAAAAUGGAGUAGUUGUUACCUAGGAGCAUGGCCAUUGUUGAUACUCGGGUAUGGUGCCAGGACAAUCGAAGAGAUUGCUUUGGUGAAGGAUAUUUUGACCAAGAUGCAACAGCGCAUAGGAUACGGCGAGGUUCAGAGAAUAAUCCAAGAGCUGGAUGAGAUCACAACAUACAAGGUUCCAGUUAGUUAA